AUGAGAUGGAUCAUAAAGGAUAUUAUGGAGCACUGCUUGAAGCCAGACAAGGAUGGAAAGAGGAAUAAACUCUUGUGCUCUGAAGAGAUACCAGUCUCCGCUUGGUAUGUAGAGAUGGUUUGCAAGACCUUCUACAUUCGAGCAGAGGUGUUACAUGCUGGACUGACUGACCCACAACACAUCGCCCUAGUCAAAGAGUUCAAUGGCCCUCACUCUAGCCUUGCCGUACUCAUCAUGAUGUAUGCGGUGUCAUCCCAAGGCGCGAAUUUAGACGGGCCAGAUACUAUUGGCUGGGAAAGAAAUUCUUCCUUUGCAGCUUCACAAAUCAUCGUUGUCCUAGAGGAUGUUAAUUUAAUUACUCCUGCUCCUACAGUUGGUGAUUCUACCACUGAGGAUUGGACUAGCGACAAAGACAAACCAGGGCCAUCAUUUACUCCAGUUAAUCGUCCUCUUCUGAAGAGGAAGCAUGCGACGCUAGAAAAAACUGUUCAUUCAGCUCAUGGAAGAGAGGUGCCUUCCUCGUCUAGUGGCCCUUCUGGAGAGUACAUCCCACACAGGAUUGAUAGCGAAUCUGAUGAUGACAUCAAUGCUAUAAUUGCCCCUGGUGAUCUAAGUGAUGACAACAAUGGGCCUGAGCUUACACCUACCGAUUACAUCAAGGAUUUCAAGAAGUCGUGGACGAAGCUUACCCCUGAGGAGAAAGCUCUUUAUGACCAAGAUGAACUUGAUUUUCUUGUGUUGUUAAGCAUGGACCCAAACCAUGUGUACACUGGUGUAGAGAUCCAGGGACCAAGAUUGUGUCUGGACCCCGCCUCCUUCAAGUUGGAGUACUGCACGGCGCAGCACUCCACCUGCGUUCCGCUGCCCUGGUUCCUCGACGAGGAAUACUGCAUCCUUACUGCUGCCGAAGCAACAGAUCCUUUGUCAUACUGA